AUGCAAGAAUCGUUGCCAACGAGCGUCAAGACGCUUACGCGAUUGAAGGCGACGGCCAGUCAACCAGUCAACAAUUCUGUGUCUUUCGAGAAAAUAUGUGACGAUAUCGUAUCGGCUGCCAAGAACAAGGUGGGUGGUGCUGUGGUGGUGCCGUGGUGGUACCCCCGUGGUGGUACCCUGAGUGAGCGCGCAAUAUGUGACCCCUCUGCGGCCCUACCAGCUCUACCACCUCUACCACACCUCGACGACCUCUGUCCCGUCUUCGUCUCCAUUCGGGAUACUCAAUCGGUCGGCCAGAUCUGGAGUUCGGCUCGUCGUCUCUUCUUUGUGCGACAGGAAUAUCGUGAUCAUCAGGGGCAACAUUCCGAUCUUUAUACCCGCCGUUUUCUCACCACAUUGAUGGAUAUUGUCGAUGCGCAAAAUCAAAAGGCUCUUGCUUUUGUGGCUUUGGCCAUUCUGCCUGCUAAUGUAGGGAUUUUAGAUGAUGCAUUACGACCGCAGGACAGCGCAGGACCGCGCAGCGUCGUAGACCUAAGUAGGAAUGGGCAGUGCGGGAGGGUCAAUGCCUACCGAUACGGGCUGCAGUACAUGAUUCACGGCUUUAAGUUCCAUCUGCAUGUUUCCAAAGCCGAACUCAACGUCUCGACAUUCAACCUCGCCAGCGUGGACAAUGCAAUCACAUUCACGUUCGCCGCAUUUCGCAACGGCAGCGGCAACUGUUCGCUCAACGGCUCUGCCGACUCCGCUUCCUUUGGCAACAUAAUAUGCGCAGAUCUGUUACAUUAGUCCAUCUGCCAACCACCGAUCAUCUCGACAAGUAAUGUCAAUCCAACAUCGACCCAAAUAAAACAAUCGUUAUCAGUAGUAUUUGUGAUUCAACAAGUUUUUGUCCGUGUCUUUAUUCCGGUGCUUGACCGUCAGAGACCUAGACCUACCUAGCCUCUUAGCCUUGGAAGCUGCAUGCCCCUUACGUGUUGUCUCACUUGGGGGACGCCCAGGGACGGACUCAGGAACGCGAGGGUCCAAUUGAGACAACAGGAGUCAUGAUGCUGACUGUUGCUGACUGUAGGUAUAAUUAGCGAAAGGAUAGCUGGAUAUCGAGGCUU